GUAACAUAUAGUGGAGCACUUUAAUACAAUUUUAUUGUAAAAUAUAAAUAAUAUACUUUUAUAGUUUGAAAUUAAUGAUUAACUCUUCACACUCAUUGUUCAUUCAUGUGAUUGAACGAGAACUGAACGCAUCACUAUUACUUUAAAUAUAGCAACAUUAUUUCACAAAGUGACAUUAGCUACUGUCAGCUGACUUCGUCUAAUUAAAAAUACGACUAUAGUUGGAUAAGAUUUGUCAGUUGAUCUAGAAGUUUCCAGUUUUCGAUUGCCACGUUAUUUUUUUGCAAUUUUUUUAAACUGCAGUUUUCCGCGUGCGAGAGAACAAUGCUUUGGUCCGACAGCGAUAUAUCUUACAACAAGGAGAAAGGCUCCCUCAACAAUGGCGGAGCGCGGCUGAUGUGUCGUAUCGAACGCUAUCUUGCAUUGAUCGAACAGGGAAAUGUAUGGAUGCGAUUAUUACAAAAUAUUAAGUUUUUAUUUAUUUAUUUGGAAGGAAGGAUUUGUGGUCGACCGAAGGCCUUUCCAGUAAGGCAGGCGAAGAUAAUUAAAUACCAUUGUUAUUACUGGUAAUAUGGAUUUUAUUAGUUAUCUAUUUUUUUUUAAAUACGAUUUUAUGAUCUUAGUAAUUAUAUGUUUGAUUCAUAAUUAUAAUAACAAUUUUUGUUGAAUCGCACGCAGUAAUGUUGUUAUUUUAGAUUGUUAGUAAAGUUUAGUUUAACUGUUUUUAUAUUUUAAUAUAAAAAAUAUAUAUUUAAUAUAAUAAUUUAUAUGUUCCCGGAAAAGAAUACUACGAGGAACAAUCUAAGUUUUUUUUACUGUCUAGAUUCAGAGAUACUUUUAAAGAACGAACAUGGGAUAAAAUUAAACGAAUUAUGUACUUAGCGUGUGCAACGGUGCGCUCAAGGUCCGAAUAUAAUUUUCAAAUCACUCAAUGCGCCUUCAAGAUUACCUUCUGAAAAUUCAAGGAAAUAUUCGUGUGUUUUAUUGUUUGUUCAGGUUUCGUAAUCACUAUCGUAAACUCGUAGUAAAACUGGUUUGCUUCGACUUUGUUCUCAACGUUUAUUGUAUCCCAUUUCGUUUUAUAUUAGUUUCCUAAAAAUUCAAAAUGCAAGAUAACAAGUUAAUUUUAAGAAGUCAAAGUAUAUUAAGUAAUUAAAGAAAAUUUUCUUAGCUGUAAAAUAAUUGGUAAUGUGUCCGAUCUAAGAAGUUCCUGUUCCGAUAGGAUGCAUGCUACACGCCGAGCGGCAAGUAACGAACACAAUGCUAGACGCAUAAUUUUUCUCCGAACGUUUUUCUUAAGUUUCAUAGGUGUUAAAGAGAAACUAUUAAGGUUUGUGAUAAUGAACUGGAUCAACUAAAGACCAGUGUAUUUUAUGGAAUCACUAUUGUUUACGUUUUUGCGAAAUAUCUUGUUUUUCUACAAAAUGUAUUGUAAUUCUAAUGUAUUCGGUGGGUAUUGGGUAAGGAGGUUUAAUGCGAAACACCUUUUAUUAAAAAAAAAAAAUAUGUCUGAGAUAAAUCCUUUGCAAAGGCAUCACAACUAUAAGUUACCAAACAUGCCUUACAUUAUAUUAACGGGUCAGACGGACGAUGACUUGUCUAAAAAACCUUGAAUAAGUUUAUAGCGCCACUUACAGAAUUCCAUUUUAAUUCAUCAAGACAAAUUCUCUUUCUUUUAUUUUGGUUCUUGAGGAACCUAAUCUGAUUUUGAUCCGGCACAUUUUUCGACCCCGUAAAAUUCACUAGAUAAUACGUAAUACUUAACCAUUAUUAUAAUUAAUGUGAACGAAAGUAAAAUCGUACUCCGUGAACAGCUGACACAGUUUAGAGAAUGGUUUUUUACGAGUUCGAAUUGCAAAAGUAGAGGUGCGAAUUACAUGGAAUCGACGCUAUUUAUUUUUCUUUACCAUGUCAAUGUUUUUUUAAUUGAUCCUAGAGAUAAACGAAACAAUUCCCGGUCCCUUCGAUUCUAGGUUUGAUACGAAUAAACUGAGCGUCUUAUCCUUUAGGGUACAAUUGCAGAAGUUGGGGUCACUAACCUCUGGAGCAACGAAGCGAUCAAGAUAAAUAUUAUAUAAUAUCGGCAUACUAACAACUAUUUUACCAUAGAAUUUCCCUUCAAUUCAGAUUCAUUGGACAUGAAACAUCGAAAUUAAUCGUAUGUUUAUUUAAUGUAUGUAUUUAAUUAAAAGUCACAAUUUACAGAUACAACUAGUUUUUUCUAAAAAUAUAGGUUAGGAAUUUAGGAACUACUGUUGCAACUUGUCGAUAGAGUCGCAACUCUAACCUUUCUAUCAAUUGUACCAAAACAGCUGCAUCAAACCGCGCAGUCGCUAUCCGCGAUUGUAAACGUGCGAACCCACGAUACGUAUGCCGCUGGCUCCAAUAAUUCAGUUACGACAAUUUGAAAAAAAAAGUGGCCGAAUCAAUCAGUUACCGGCACCGUAAAGAAAACUCAAAAAUAAAUGGCGCGAAGUAUAAACGUCACUUUUAGAACUUUUUAUUGUUUGCAUUUAAUUACAUAGUUUAAUUUAUAGUUUUGUGAAAUGUGACUUGAUUGUUUUUAAUUAAUUGUAAAUAUGUUGCGGUGCUGGAGGACUGUGAUUUUGGCAGUUGUAUUGUUUUGGUGUUUUAAAACAAAUGCAGAGCAGUUUGGGGAUGAUAUCUAUUCAAAAGAACUCUUAAAAUAUUUGACAGAAGCCGAGAAGACCUUUUUACUAGGAAGUCGACCACAUGAAGCACAUUUCGAAGUUGCGCAUUUAAGCCGACCACGUCGAUACAAAAGGUCACUCGGUAAUAACGACAAAAGCAUUGCCGAUUUGAAAGGGCAUUUAGAUAUUAAGCUUAAGCUCAGAAACAGUUUCCUAGACCCGCACUUCCUCAUGCUGCGAAGAUGGUCGAACAAUACUGAUCUAGUCGUUGACGCGCAUGCUGACGAUGAGUUGGACAUGUGUUACUACGGUAGCGAUAACGCUGCUUUGUUUAUUUGUGAAAAUAUUAGAGGCGUAGUCAAAUCUAAUGAUAGUUACUAUUUAAUACAUCCGUUACCAGAAAGGUUCCAUACGGAUGAUACAAAAGCACAUAUUAUAAUCAAAAGACGUAUGGUCGAUACCAAUAACCACUUAGAAGAAAACGUUUCAUGUGUAGAGAAAGAUAAAAAAAAUACAACUUUGGUAGAUCAAAAAUUAUGGACCAAGCACAGAAGGAAAAGGGAUAUUAUAACUGAAAAUAAACCGGAUAAUACAAGAUUAAAAGAAUUCAAACUGAAUUUAGCUCACAGAAAUAGGACAAUAGGAAAGUUCAUUGAGAAACUAGCGACGCAAUCGAUAAGAGAGAAACGGGCAAUUCAACCUGCGAUUUUUGUCGAAACAGCCGUAUUUGUAGAUAGGGACUUAUACAAACAUAUGACAUUGAAUUUUCCUAAAGACACAGAAAGAGAAUUGGUUAGAUUUGUUUUAGCUAUGAUAAAUGCAGUCCAAUUGUUAUACCAUGACCCAUCUCUAGGAAGGCCGGUCAAUUUUAUACUGAAAAGACUCGAAAUAUUACAUGAAGAUCCUGCAAAUUUGAAAAGACCACACGAUAUAGAUAGGUUUUUAAGUAAUUUCUGCACAUGGCAACGAUUGGAAAACCCACCUGGAGACAACGAUCCGCUGCAUUGGGACCAUGCUUUGAUACUGACCGGUCUGGAUUUGUAUGUUGUAAAUAAAAAUGGAAAAGAUAGCAGUCAAGUCGUUGGCUUAGCUCCAGUGGCUGGUAUGUGUACUGUAACAAGCAGUUGCACCGUGAACGAAGGAAGGCAUUUCGAAAGCGUUUAUGUCGUGGCACAUGAAAUUGGACACAAUUUGGGCAUGAGGCACGACGGACCGUCUGCCGACAAUGGGUGUGAUCCCAGCGCGUUCCUCAUGAGCCCGACUCUUGGGAGCGGGAAGAUUACCUGGUCGCAGUGCAGCAAGAACUACCUACAGAAGUUUCUGGACACUGUCCAGUCUCGGUGUCUGCUGGAUCACGGGAACUCUGCUGGUCAGUUGGAUCACAGCGCAGAGGGAAUCCUGCCCGGGGAGAGAUUUGACGCCGAUCAACAAUGUAUGCUAAAAUACGGUCGAGGCAGCAGGCACUCGGCAGCGCAGAACUUAGAGGACAUCUGCCGGGACCUCCACUGUCAGAGGGAGAGGUACACGUGGACCUCCCAUCCAGCCCUCGAAGGAACUAAGUGUGGCGACGAUAUGUAUUGUCGCGGCGGGGAGUGCGCGGAGCGGGGCGGGCGUGGCGCGCGGGGGGGUGCGGGGCGUUGGGGGCGGUGGGGCGCGUGGUCCGAGUGCGCGUCCGCCUGCUUGCUGGACGACGCGCUGGCGCCCGCCGCGGCCGGCGUCUCCGUGGCCACUCGGCGCUGUAACCGGCACAGACACGACGACGACAACUUUUGUCCCGGACACGACAAGAAGUAUCAAUCCUGUCACGCGGAACAGUGUGACAACGUUCCCCGCAUGACAGUCCGAGAAUUCGCCGAUCAGAUCUGCACGCGCGCCAGGGACGUGGAUCCGGACCUCAUCGGGACCGGACUACAGAGAAUCGACUCUGACGACGUGAGCAGCGCAUGCGCAGUGUGGUGCGACACGCGCGGCGGCGGCUACAAGUCCCGGGGCUGGAGUCUCCCCGACGGAACUGCGUGUUCCAGGGUGUCUCCGAUGUUCUGUAUCAGCGGAAUAUGUCAGAAAUUUACGUGCUCUUCGACCGUUGAUUCGGAGUUCUCGCUGAAACCGAGCGACUGUGAAUGGGAAGCUUUACAGGCAGCGCCUACCGAGUCGACCGCUCGCGGCAAGUCGUCGGGUCCGUGGCGGCGCGCGGCCGAGUGGGUGGCGGCGAGCGGCUGCCACUACCACUGCAUCGCGCCCGGCGCCGGCCUGCGCCUCGUGCGCGCCGCCGCCUCGCCGCGCACCUCCAUACAGCUGUGCGCGCCCGCCGCCGCGCAGCCGCACCGGGGUUGCACGCGAAGGAAGUCGCCGUACCAGUACGCAACAAUGGUCUGCAGCAAAUACAAAGAACGCGUCAGAAGAUUAUCAGGCCUCGGCAUGCAGAUAUCGCCGGCUCUAGAGGACCCGGACCGGCCGUGCCGCAUCGCGUGCCAGGACGAGCGCGUCGCGCACCGCUUCUACUUGGUCAACGGGCACGAGGGCUGGUUCCCGCUGGGCACGGCCUGCGGGCACAACAACGCCUCCUACUGCGUCAGCGGGAAGUGCUUGGAGUUCGGCGGAGACAACACCCCGGUCCCGGAGACGGUGUACGCGCUGCCGCUGCUGCCGCGCCGCGUCACCCGCAGCCUCACCGCGCGGAUCGACGUCUCGCACCUCGACGACCUCAUCACCGCGCUCAACCUCACACAUACCCCGGAGGCUCACAUAACGUACUACGACAGUAUACCAGACAACGUCGAAGUGGACUUCAACAAUCCCAUACACAUAUCUCCGGAGGACACGUUAUUGAGGAAAAAACAGAGACCGACGUGGGACUGAAUAAUUCAUCUCAACUGAAUAUUUUGUCAUUAAAAUUAUACGGGACCAUGAUUAUAUUAAUGUCCAAUCUGAAGUGGUCUGUUGCAAAAAGAAAGAAAAACUCUACCACCUGCCUCUCUCUGUCUCUUUCACACACCCGCCCUUUAUAGUUUCAGAUCACAUCUCCUAAGUAAUGCAAACUAUAUUGAAAUAGUAGAAAAAAUACACAGUUCACCAAAUAAAGUUCACCUUCGGUUAAAAAAUUUACAAUAUUUAAUCAUGUUUUUCUUAUUUUUGUUAAAUAACAACUUUGAGGGGAGCAACAAUUAAAAUACACUUAUUAAGACUUAAUAAAUAAUAGUCCCAAACAGAACAAGACCAUUUCAUUUUGUAAUUUUUUUUGAUUAGGAAUGUUAUAUAACUCGAGUCAAUGCAUGACAAUUAUUGUGAUAAUUUUUUUUGUAAAUUAUAACUUUGUUUUAUAUUGUUUUUGUUAAGUAAGUUAGUGAAAAUAUACAAUUUUCUACAAACAAAA